UUUGGCUUGUGGUGCUGUUGUGCAAGGAACUGCCAGCGGAACGACGAAGGCGACGGCGACGACAGUGAAAAACGCAUUCAAAAGGGGCAGAGCCUUUUGAAAUUGAGAUUUUUUCUUCCCGAGCUACUUCUAUUCUACAUCUACUGCCUGCCAUUUGUUGGCGUAUCUCUCUUUCUGCCCCUUCGUUUGUGUCGCUGUCGGUCGUCGUCUUAUUAACAAACACUACACUAUACUGCAUAGGCGAAAGUUCAAGCAACUAAAAACGUCGUCACACCUAGAUUCUCUUUGAUGCACUUUUUUCACGUUUUGUGUCUUUUCGGUGUGAAAUUUUGGGAAAAUUUUCAGUAGAACGGAAUUUGUAGCUGACGAUGAAGAGUCCUGAAUAGGAUGAAAGUGGUUCCAAUUUCGGACGAGAGAAAGAUAUAUGAAGUUAUGUGCCCCGAAUAUGACAGUGAUAACAAAUGCAUAAAAAGUCUAGGAUCGAGCAAAAAGUUGGAAUACGCGAGUUUCAUGAGCAUAUAAUAAUCAUUUCCAGUUCUGCCAAACCCAGGAUAACAAAGAUUCUAAAGUCAUUACUGUGAAAAUCUUGUAUAGGAUUAAACAAACCAACAGAGAUUCUCUGCUGAUAAAGGUAUACGGUAGCGACAAUUGAUUAGAGUUGCAAGUGUGAAGUGCGAAAAAAAACGUAAAUGUAUAUGAAGCAAACAAAAUAUGACUCAGUGCUUUCAGUUGAAAAGAAGCAUUUGGUGCAAAGCAAGAGUGAACGACGCGAGUGAGAAUAUCGGGAAUCCAGUACCAAGCAACAACCAGCAUAAAUUACGUCAACGAAGCCAAAAGAUGCGUGUGAUCAAGUUAACCGUCUAACGAUUAAGAAAAAAAGCAAACAACGCUUCCAGAGUGGGUCCUGCUCCGAGCUGAAGAAGAAACAGAAGAAGUGAAAGAAAUCCAAAACGAAAAUUAGUUGCUGCAAUACCAGUCAGCAAACAGAUCACAUUCUUAAGCCGGUCGAUCGUCGGUCAGACGGUGUGCGGUGUGACGAACGGAGCGCAUUAGCAGCAGCAGCAACACAAUGCCACGCAACGGUGAAGCUUCCGGCUUGGAUAAGGGUUUCAGCAGCAAACCGACACCGGACUGGCUACAUCCGGAUCACGUCAUAAUGAACGAAGGUGUCACGUUCGAUGUGCGGUACAUAGGAUGUUUAGAGAUCAAAGCUUCAAUGAAAAUACUGGAUUUCACCACGCGAUCCCAAGUAGCAAAAGAAUGCAUCAACCGGGUAUGCGAAGCGGCUAGUUUAAAAUCCUCAAAGAAGCGGCGCGUAGACAAACGGGUAUUGCAGUGCAUAGCGGACACGCCGAACAUGCAAAACUCCGGCACCAACGUAACGCUGACCGUGUCCAGUAAAUACCUCUCGCUAGUUAGUGUCGACACGGCCGUUCAAUGCCUAAUCGCCCAGCACGAUAUGCCCCGAAUAUCCUUCGCCUCCGGUGGUGAUACGGACACGUUGGACUUUGUUGCAUAUGUAGCGAAAGACACGACCGAGUGGCGAGCGUGUUACGUACUGGAAUGCGGCGGUGGAGUUGCGCAGGACCUAAUAGCCACAAUUGGCCAAGCCUUCGAGCUGAGGUACAAAGAGUUUUUCAACAAACCGGAAACGCAAAACAAGUUUAGGGAGUUUGUGAAAACUGACAAAGAGUAUUAUAACGAUCUGCCGGACAAAAUGCCUCCAGAUCUGCUUACCGAGAACGACCAUUCCUCGCAGUCGCACAGUUCUUCCAGUGUGAGGACACGGGAAAGGAUAUCCAGUAACUUAAUAGAUCUGAACACACCCCUUCCGAAUCACGACUACGUGAACGACAAACAUUCUAAUACCAAUUCGCACAGCAAUAAGUCGGUAUCUUCCAGUUCGAUUGUGAAAGAUGUUUUUGAUAUGCAGCCAUUUACAAUCUCGUCAGAAAUCCAGAAAUCUCAGCUCCUAACCGAAUCGUGGUACCAUGGUAACAUUAGUCGGGCGCAGAGCGAACACCUCCUGAAGAACGAUGGGGACUUUUUGGUGCGGGAAUCGGCCGGUACGCCUGGUCAGUACGUGCUGACGGGCAUGCAGAACAACCUUCCCAAGCACCUGUUGCUCAUUGAUCCGGAAGGAAUAGUACGAACCAAAGAUCGAAUAUUCGAAAGCAUAAGUCAUCUGAUCAACUACCACUGGACGAACUCGCUGCCGAUCAUCUCGGCCGAAAGUGCCCUACUGCUGAGGCAUCCCAUCCUUCGAACGACGGACUUGCUGUCGAAGGCGAAGCAGCAGCAGCAGCAACAACAGCAAGCCCAACAACAGCAGCAACACUUGGAGCUCAACUGAGGGUGCGAGUGCCAGUGCUGCUCUCACGGUGGUCAGUCGCCGGAGCGCAGCACGAUGCUGGAUCAACAUCAACAACAGGGCUGUAGUAGCAGUAGUGGCGGCAGUUACAAGAAAGGGAAAAAGUAAUCCAACUUCUGGGCGGGGAACUAUGUAUGUAUAAAAACACAAACUCAAAGAACUGUAAAACGGAAACUCUAUAGAUCCUAUAUUUUCUUUUUACUUAUACUACUAUCGUAUCGAUCAAAUGAAACAAGGGAAAAGGGAAUAAAACUUCUAAAGUUAUGUCUCUGAUCUGAUACUGAGCUAGAGUAUGAAUCCAGUGGAAGAAUGAAGAAAGUUUGGCAUGAAACGUGGGAAACCAAGAGAUUAACAAAAGAUUAUAUAUAAAUACGAGAAAACAAAUAUAUUCAACUGCAAGCAGGUGCAUGAAAUCAGAAAAAUUAAAAUUACUAGAAGUUAGUAGAUUUCUUCUAUGACGAAAAUAUGAAAACAAACAUACAAUUACUAUUACCAGAGGUAAAUUAAAAAAAAAAAAAAGAACAAACAAAAUAUAUUACUUAUAUAUUGUUAUCAAUUACAGUACUGUUGGUUGAAGAACAAAAAUAACAAAACACAACAAAGAACAAAGAGAACAUAAGAAUUCCAACUGGGUAGCAGUAUUUAUUUUUUCGAUUGUCAUAUUUUACACUUCUUUAACAAGCAGCAUGCGUUUUGAGCAGAGCUAGAAUCAACACAACACAUGGUUUAUCCCGAUAGGUACAACGUCGUUUGGCAUACAAUUUCCAACAAACAAAAGUAUUAGUAUGUUUGCAAGAAAAAACCUGUGGUAUUUCUCAAAAGGUGGCCCUAAGUACAUAAUCUUAGAUUUUCACAUGCGACGGUUCGAAGUAGGUAUUCUGGGAAUACCAGCGACAGGGAAUCGUACCUGCCGUUUCCGGAUUGGCGAUCCAUAGCCUUACCCACAAGGCUAACUGGAGAUGAAAUGAAUUGUCUGAGGUCUCUUCGGGAAUUUCACCAGAAGGUAAUGUUGCUUAAAAAUUUCCCCUCCCCCCCUACCUCGGAAUUGCACCAGCGAUUCUUACCUGAUUUCAAUCAUGGAGUAUUCCUCUUAGAAUAUCUGAAUGCAUUCUUUCACACGAAUUCCCCCUAGAAGUUUUUUCAGUUGGGUGCCGGAAAGUGUCAUGAUAGAUGCUUCUGGAAUUUCCAUUAACGGUUUCUUUACAUAGGUUUUGGGACCAUUUGGAUAGGUAUUAUUAUUUUGAGCAGUUUGGGAUAUAUAUCAGUUAAUUUUAUAUCUAUUGAAUGAUUUUUUCUGUACACUGUGAGAUCCCUACAGAACCACUUCUACACCCGGAUAGAGGCAAAUAACAAACCAAAGACAAAAUAAUAACAAGUUUUGCCAUCAUAUCUUAUUUUACCAUUCUUAUGUUAUUUAUGAAUAACAAUAAAUAACUCACUAAGAACAAAAAAUGCUAUCAUUUCAAAAUUGGUUAUUUCUGAGCAUCCUAAAUUAAAUAACAUCUCAACGGCAUAUUUGGCAAUCAUAACUUGUUUUGUUAUUUAUAUGUAAUUUUGAAUUUAUUUUAAACAUUGAUGAAGAGCAAAUUUUGUUAUUUAUUUGUUGGGAGUAAGAGCUAAUCCGGGCAGAAAAGUAUAACAAAACAAUUGCAAGUUCUACAAUUCAAAACGAAUUGCUGAACGUUAAAAUUUGUCAUUGGUUUGAUUGAAAUAAGUGACAAAAGGGCAAACAUAAUAACUGACAUUGUUCUAUGAAAUAACUAAAGAAUGACAAAUUUUGACAUGACAGCGGCAAACCAAGAACAAAAAGAAAUUAAGGUUGAGAAUUGAAAAAUACACCGUUAUUGAGUUAUUGAAAACAGAACAAUAUCAAAAGUAGUUAUUUGCCUGUCACAAAAAAAUAUCAAAAGUUACCAUUAGAAUAACCAAUAUUCAAACUUGAUUGAUUGAUUUGUCUUUAUUAAAGAGACUUUCAGCCCUUGGCUGGUUCGUCUCUCGAAUAUUCAAACUUUGUCAUUAUGUUGUUUUCAAUAAGUGCCAAAAUUGCGAUGGUUCAUCAAACUCGUAAGAGGUUAACAAUAUCUCACCAAUUGCAAAAUUUGUUAUGAUAGCAAAAUAAGACAUUCAGUAGUUAUUCUUCCAAAUUUGAUAAGUUACAAGGGGAUUGCAUAUUUCGAUAAGACAUCAUAUUAUGCUAUUGAUAUGUUUAAAACAACUCUUCAUGAAGAACUCAACAAUGACAAAAUAAGUUAUGACAAUAAAAUUUGCUAUUAUUUUGUUUUUGGUUUGCCAGUCACCUCUACCCGGGAAAAGAACACAAAUAAUAACUGACUUUGUUUCAGAACAAAAAGUAAAUAAUUGCUAAUUUUGUUAUUAUAGCAUCAAACCAAGGACAAAAUAUUUCUGAACUUACAACACUGUUUUUUCCUAUUCAUAAAUAAACAAAAGUUACAAUGAUGAUCUUUUUUGAAAUAACUUGUUGUGUACUUACUUUGUUCUCAAUAACUUAAUAAUAACUUAUUCAGUUAUUAUCCAAUUCUAAAUAUUUUGUCCUUGAUUUGUUCUUAUAAGGAUAAAAUUAGUUAUUAUUGAGCUAUUUUCCGGUACAAGUUACAAGUUUUUUUUUUGCAACUCAACACUAUAAAUUCUAUACAGUGACCCCACACCGAUGAAUCACCUUAAUAUUGUACACUAUUUAUGAAUCACCAUGUUGAUCAAAUGAGUGAUCCAUAAACUGUGGUCAUUUUUGCCGAUUCAUAAAUUGUGGGGUUACUGUAUUUAUACCUGAGACGAGACUCGCGAAGACGGUCUUCUUUUUCUCCAGUUUGUUAUUUUUUUUUCUUCUUUCUAUCUGUGUUGACAUUAUGUUUUGAACUGGUGGUUCAAACACGUACGUAACCGCAUCAUCUCACAUGCAGUGUGGCUGAAUCCCAUUCACGCACAAAAUCAUGUUGAGGUGAAAUUUUGCAUCGCCAGCAACCGCCAAGCAAAGUAAUCAUUAGAAUAUGUUGUUUUCAAUUUAUUUUAGACAGCAUAGUAUUUGCUGCUCGGAGUGAAUUUUGACUUCAGAGUUUAUCUCGGAUAGCAAUACUUUCCUCGUUAUAGGAAACCUAAUCAAACGAGCUACAACUGACAGCUACGUUUGAGCUACACUUGACGUUGCUUUUUGUCCUCUUCGCGAGUCUCGUCUCAGAUUUAUACUAGUUAUUUCAGCAACAAAAUGGCCUACUUUUCCGUACUAUAUCAAGCAAUUGCAUUAUGGUUCAUAAUGCUCGGCAAGCCUCGUUGGAUAAGUGUACGACUUGUUCAAACUAACCAAUAACAAAUUUUGCAAUUCAGUCCAUAAUUUUUAUGGCAAAAUUUGAUCUUCGUUAGUUUUUUUCUUCUACACGGGUACCCAAAUCUGUGAUGGUUUAAUGUAUUUUGUUUUUUUUUUGUUUUGUUUUUGGAUAUUUGUAUGCCAAACUACACAUACAAAAACGGGCUACAUUAUGCAAAAUUAUGCGAGUAAAUACUAACAAAAAAUACAAAUCACUUACUGGAAAACCAACACAACAAUACCUUCUUAAAUUCCAUAAUCUUAAAUAUACAAUAGACAAGGACGACACACAAAUACAUUCAACUAUCCAACUCGAAUGAGGUUGCAUUUUUUAUUUUACCUUAUAGCACACACUCUUUUUCUGUGCGUGUACGUCUCAAGUGGGGUGGGUGAGCAAGUUUUUUGUCAUGUUUAAAUUGUGACUGCACGGAACCGCCAAACCACCCAAAAUUGAGUUCUUUUGACGCAAUCCCAUAGUUCGGCCCAAUAAGCCAAAUUUGAGUAAAUCGAUUAAACUCACACUAGGUAAACUGCCUUCACCUCCAGCAAAAACAUUUACUUAAGAGUAGGUAAAUUCAACCCAAGACCCCCCCUCAUUCAACCCAAAUUUGAGUAAACCUGCAUUUACCCAAAAUUGGCUUAUUGGGCUCAAGGACCCCCGUUGAGUAGAUGCUUCUCUGUUUGUUUUUGACAACAUCGGUGAGGGAAAGAGGGAAAACAACCUAAUUUUGGGUAACUAGUUUAUUCAAUAUACUCAGCUUUGAGUAAAAUCGACCCAAAAAUUAGGUAGUUUGAUUUCUUCAUGUGUGGUUUCGGGUUGAAUGACGAAAGGCGUAUGUGUAGUCACGUAUAGGGAUGAGUCUGAUAUUCAAUAGAGAAGUAAACACUCUAGUUUGUGAAUGGGUGAGAUGUGAGAUGAAAUUUAUUUAUUCGUUAAAGUGCUGAUAAAACUUGUAUAGAAACAAUAGGCAAAUGAAGGACUAACGAACAAAAACAAAACAAAAUGUUUCCAAUUUAAGAUUCAACCAUUCAUUAUUAUUACCACGUAUUAUUUGAUAAAAACAAAAAAAAGAAAACAAAUGGAUAUCUUUGCACGUUACCAGAUGUAAUGGCAGGAUGGCAAAAACUAAAUGAGAUGCAACAUUUAUCAAGUUACUAUAUGAAACAGGAGAGCAAACAAAUGCUUGAAAUAAAUAUUUAAAACACAGUUUAA